AUGUCUCAUACUUACUCCGUAAUCAUUUUCCUAGCUCUCUUGCUGGUUGCUUGCUUCACUUCGCACCAAGUGGCUGCCCGUCAUUUGCUACAGAAUAACUUAACCGAUCCGUCACCCCAGCUUGGACAGCCAGCCAUGGCAGCACCCUCUCAAAAUAAGCCUGCAGCAUCAAUGGCUUUUCCAGCAUUUCACAAACCACUUCUUCCACCUCACUUUCUCCCCCUAUAUCCCUUCCCCAACUUGCCUACCUACCCUUCAAUGCCCACCAUCCCUUCACCGAUACCCACAGGACCUUCCAAUCCUUCAAUCCCCGGCACAGGGCCCAUCCCCGGCACCCCAAGUGGCGUUCCACCCAGCUUCCCCAAUCCACCAGCUAAAAUGAUGCCACAGAAUCCAUCAACAAUGAAUCCAGGUAAUGAUGAAACCCUGAACCCCUGA